CAGCGAUCUACAUUAGUGUUGCAUGUAGUAAGAUAAUUUUUGCUGGGCGAUGAUUUUGUUCAAAAAUGCUCGGAUCUGGUUGGGAGAGGGGAGGAUAGGCUCGUGGAUGUUGGUUGAUCAAGAUGCAGGGAAGAUCGUUGGAUGCGGGGAUAGGGAAGCUCCGGAGGCCACAGGUGACGUGAGAGAUGUAAAAGGAAGAUGGAUCUUUCCUGGUUUUCAUGACUCCCAUAUCCACGCUUCAUGGCACGGAAAGUUACUCCGGAGCAAAUGGAAUCUUAAGUUUCCUAAAACUGUGAAAGAGCUGCAGCUGAGACUGAAAGCUGCAAUUGAUGGUGAUGAUAGCAAGGGUUGGAUUGAAGGGUUUAACUGGGACCAUGAGUUUAUGGAUAGAAUACCAACCAAAGAAGACAUCGAUGAAGUGAUUCCUGACAGACCUGUGUUUUUAAACAGAGUUUGUUUUCAUAUUAUCGUAGCUAAUAGUAAAGCAUUGGAAGUAGCGAAUAUAACGAAUGAUAUAAAAGAUCCAGAUAAUGGUCAUCUCGAUCGUUAUCCUCUGGGUCAUCAUCUCGCUGGGCAGCUCACUGGGGUCCUCAGGGAAGAUGGGGGUGUUCAAUUGGUGACUAAUGUUGUUCCCCCGGAGUCAAGUGAAGAGAAGAAGAAGAAUAUCUUAGCAGGGUUGGAUGAUUGCUUGAAGAAUGGGAUCACCAGUGUUCAUUCUAUUGAAAGGAGGCAUUGGAAUGAAUAUGCUGAGCUUGCUAAGGAAGGUUCGCUGCCAAUAGCUUGUUACAUAGCACCCUGGUAUACUGAUAUGGGGAGUCCAAACUUUCCUCAAACUUUGGAUGAAUCUUACAAGAACUUAUCAUGUGACUGCAUCAAGGUGUUUCUAGAUGGAGCGUUAGGCACCAACACUGCUGCCAUAUCGAAGCCGUAUCUAUCUUUGCUGGAUGGGAAAGAAAACUAUGGCGUGGUGUUACAGAACAGGGAGCAGUUGGCGAAGAUAUUACAAAUCAUUGAUGAUAAAGGAUACAGACCUGAGUUGCAUGUGAUAGGUGAUAGAGCAGUGGACAUUGCUUUGGACUGCUUGGAAAAAGUGAAAAUUAGCCCUGAUAAAAGACCUGUGUUCGUUCACUGCCAAAUAUUGCGGCACGAUCUUUUAAACAGGAUGCGAGCAUGUGGAGUGACACCUACACUACAACCUUCGUUUGUCGUAACUGAUUCAGUGUGGAUACGAGACAAGUUACCCCCAGCUUUGUUUGAAUGUAUAUACCCAUGGAAAACAUUAAUGAAUAAUGGGAUUGUGUGUGGUGGAAGUAGCGAUGGUCCAGUUGAAUCCAUCAACCCCUUGUAUGGAAUGUUUGAUGCGAUUUUUCGUACUGAUCAGAAAUCCAAUUCUUCCUUCAUUCCAUCAGAGUGUCUCACAUUUGAGGAAGCUCUUAACUUAUACACAACAGGUUCAGCAUAUGUGGAUAAGGCAGAAACAUUCAAGGGCAAAAUAGCUGAAGGAUUCCAAGCAGACUUUGUUGUGUUAGAUGUACCUCUAGAGAAUGAUGGCGUACCUUUCAAUUUGCCAGAAAAUCCUCAGGUUUUGAAAGAUGUUAAAAUAUGUGAGGUGUGGGUGGCAGGGAAGUGCAUGUAUGAAGCCUAAUUAAUCUUAAGCUUGUGCUUAUAGUCUUAUAGACGUAACAAAGGGGUUAUCUGUCACCGUCACCCCAAUUUAUAAAUUACAUUAUGUUUUACUUUGUGUUGUACUGCACGACUUUACUUUUAUAGUUAGGUCAGGUGGUAGACUUAUUGUCUCUAAAAUAACUGCCAAAAGUUAGUACUAAUUGUGUAUUUUAUUAGCAAUAACUUUAUCUCACUUGUCCAUAAUAUAUUCUUGUAGAGUAGACUUAUAUUACUAGGUGACUUGCAUUGCCCACUUUUCUAGACUUAUCGUACUAGGUGACUUUGCCCACAGCAUUGUCCACUUUUCUAAACAGAAUUAGCCCUUUAUGCAAAAUGCUGCUUUUUAGUUUGUAAAUUGUAAUUCUAUGCAAUUAAUUUCAGUAGAGAAUUUUUUUAAAAGGGUGUUUGUCUAUUAGAUGCUUUUAGUGUACUACUAUAUCACUUUUUAAAAGUUUUUAUAUACAGUGGAAUAGGCCUAACUCUAAAAACAUACUUCUGCUAAUUUCCCAAAUACCUUAUGCAUAUUAUAGAUAUAGUUUUACACUUACUUUUUUUACUAUUUAGAUACAUUUGUUUGUUAAAUUACAGCACUACAAUAUUUGUAGUUUUAUGGUUCAAAAAUGCUUAUAUGAUUUAUAGCAACACAUUCAUAUUAGAUGUGGUUCUGACGUUCUGUUUAUUUCUGCUGUGUGCAAUUGUUGGUUUAAUAAGGCAAUGCUUCUUAACCCUGGUAACAUUACAACUAGCUGUUUUGGUUGGCUUUGUAAAAGUUAAAUUACUCGAAUUAGUAAUCAUGUGCCUACAAAACCUAUUGUCAACUGUGGCUGUUUUGCUAUUAAUUUAUGUUUAG